CUUUUCGUCUUUUUCUGACGCCAUGACCCAACGACGACGUCGACCACCUCCAACCUCGCCACAGUCGCAGUCGCAGUCUCCUUAUACACAGACGACCCUGUCGUCGUCGUCGUCGUCGGCAGAGAGGUCCAAUUCUGCUCCCGACAUGACCAACUCAGACUCCUCACGAUUUACGUCUGCGCUGAGGCGACAACCGGUAUGGAUCGUCCUGGCGGUUUCUUCGGGUGCCUGCGCUGCAAUCAACGGAGUUUUUGCAAAACUGAUUUUGUAUCUAGUACAACCACGGCCCUCACUUCAACCCUGUCCUCCCACAUUGCGACCUUUUUUUCCUUGUCGGCCUCGAACAAGGUGGUCGAGUUUCUCGUGCGCGGGACUUUUUUUCUUUUGAAUCUAGCAUUCAACGCGGCCAUGUGGGCUCUCUUCACGGCCGCCCUGACCCGAGGCGACAGCACGACGCGAGUCAGCAUCGUCAACGUCAGCGCCAACUUUGUCAUCACGGCCGUAUUGGGGUGGAUGGUGUUUGGGGAGAAAUUGAGCGGGUUGUGGUUCCUGGGUGCCGGACUGUUGGCGGUCGGGAACGUGGUGAUUGGGAGGAGAGAGGAGGGGAAAAAACCGGGUGGGAGUAUAGGUCUGGACGAGAGCAGGGAUGAAGCCAGACAUCACGAUCAAGAAGAAGAGGAGGGUUUGUUGGGGAGAGAUUUGGAGCUUGACGAAGACGACCAAGGUGGGAGAAGAACAAUAAGAAGAAGGAGUGAAGAAGAGAACAGAGACAGGGUCAAGAGGGGGGAAGAGGUGGACGAUCCGAUAUGAUGAUGAUGAUGAUGAUGAACAUACCUAGGUACCUACGGAGUAAGAGAUAUAACUCUGUAGAUUAUAAACAUACACCAGCAGUGUUACAGGACAUCAUCAUCGUCAUUAUAAUUUAUACACAUAUUGUCUGUUCAAAGUACACCUAUUGUCCCGAUGCUUCAAGCCAGGUAAGCUUGCUCAUGGUGGUAUCCAAGCCUCAUACGAUUUUGACCUCGAUU